CCGGGCGCGGGGCAGGCCUCGGCCGCCUGCAGCCAGGCCGCCGGGAGCAGCGCCGGCGCUCGGAUCUCUCCUACCGCGCUUGUUUCACUCGCCUGCUUGGCGGGAUGGCUGGCUACCUGCGGGUCGUGCGCUCGCUCUGCAGAGCCUCCGGCUCCGGGCCGGCCUGGGCGCCGGCAGCCCCGACGGGCCCCAACUUGCAGGAGCAGCCGCGGCGCCACUAUGCCGACAAGAGGAUCAAGGUGGCGAAGCCGGUGGUGGAGAUGGACGGUGAUGAGAUGACCCGGAUCAUCUGGCAGUUCAUCAAGGAGAAGCUCAUCCUACCCCACGUGGAUGUCCAGCUCAAGUACUUCGACCUGGGGCUCCCCCACCGCGACCAGACCAAUGACCAGGUCACCAUAGACUCCGCGUUGGCCACCCAGAAGUACAGUGUGGCCGUCAAGUGUGCCACCAUCACCCCUGAUGAGGCCCGUGUGGAAGAGUUCCAGCUGAAGAAGAUGUGGAAAAGUCCCAACGGGACCAUCCGAAACAUCCUCGGGGGCACCGUCUUCCGGGAGCCCAUCAUCUGCAGAAACAUCCCCCGCCUCGUCCCCGGCUGGACCAAGCCCAUCACCAUUGGCAGGCAUGCCCACGGCGACCAGUACAAGGCCACAGACUUUGUGGUGGACCGGGCCGGCACGUUCAAGAUCGUCUUCUCCCCGAAGGACGGCAGUGGAGCGAAGGAGUGGGAAGUGUACAACUUCCCGGCCGGCGGCGUGGGGAUGGGCAUGUACAAUACCGACGAGUCCAUCUCGGGGUUUGCGCACAGUUGCUUCCAGUACGCCAUCCAGAAGAAGUGGCCGUUGUACAUGAGCACUAAGAACACCAUCCUGAAAGCCUACGACGGGCGCUUCAAGGACAUCUUCCAGGAGAUCUUUGAGAAGCACUAUAAGACCGAGUUUGACAAGAAUAAGAUCUGGUACGAGCACCGGCUCAUUGAUGACAUGGUGGCUCAGGUCCUCAAGUCUUCAGGCGGCUUCGUGUGGGCCUGCAAGAACUACGAUGGAGAUGUGCAGUCGGACAUCCUGGCGCAGGGCUUUGGCUCCCUUGGCCUGAUGACGUCUGUGCUGGUCUGCCCGGAUGGGAAGACCAUUGAGGCUGAGGCUGCUCAUGGAACGGUCACCCGCCAUUAUCGGGAACACCAGAAGGGCCGGCCUACCAGCACGAACCCCAUUGCCAGCAUCUUCGCCUGGACACGUGGCCUGGAGCACCGGGGGAAGCUGGACGGGAACCAGGACCUCAUCAGGUUUGCGCAGACCCUGGAGAAAGUGUGCGUCCAGACCGUGGAGAGCGGAGCCAUGACCAAGGACCUGGCGGGCUGCAUCCAUGGCCUCAGCAAUGUGAAGCUGAACGAGCACUUCCUCAACACCUCGGACUUCCUGGAUACCAUCAAGAACAAUCUGGACAAGGCUCUGGGCCAGUAGUGCGGGCGGGAGGGCCGCGGGUGAGCCCCCUCUCAGGCCCCACCGGGGAUGUUUUUUAUAAGAUGUUUUUAAAAGGAUCUGUUCCCCUCGCGGCGACGUGAGACAGGGGCAGUGUGUCUUACCUCAGCGCGUCCGUGUGUUCUGCACACUGUAAUUUAUAUUGCCCUGGGAACACGUGGCGCCCUAUUUAGCUACUAAAAAGUCUUCACGAAACCGUCUGCUGUGUUUGUGCCCAGCCGGGGCCCCGGAGAAAGAGGGCCGGCAGAGUCUACUAGGGACACGCUGGUGUCCGCAGGCCUGCGUCCCGGGCCUCUGUUCAUUCAGGGGCCACCGUGGCGGGAGGGGACCGGGCAGCACUGAGCGUCCUGAAUUCUCUAGAAGCCGCCUGACCAGCCCCGGGACUCUUGGUGUGCGGGCCUGUGGGCACCCUGAAAUGACCUGGCACGAUCCCGUUCCUGUAGCCUCCUCUCUCCAUUUCGGGAUUGCCAUCCCUUCCUCAUAGAUUCUCGUUUUCUGCUUCGUUGGUUCUAGCCUUCUCAACAUCUCCAGACCUCUUUCUAUGCCCUUUGCUUGGUCUUCCAAAUGGGUCUCACAUAGCAGCUGCCUCUCCGGCCUCUCUGUGGCUGCCUGGGGCUUGGGGCUGGGACCGGGGGCCCCAUGCGCUCUAGACCGCUGGGUCCCAGACUUGCGUUCAUCUUCAUUGUUCUUUGGCAAAACCAGAAAAGUAAGACCAUAAAGUUGCUGUAAAGCUAAAUGGAGCCGAUUGAAAGGGCCGUCUUUGCUGCAGAGAUUAUUUUCUACUUUUGGUGUUGACAUGUCCAGGGGAAGAGUUGUACCGUUUUCACUUGAUACAAUAAAUACUUGGCAACUGAAA